AUGAAGGCUAUGGAUCUUUAGAAACUUGUUACCUCACCAGCAACUGUGCUUUAAGAAUUGACCAUUGAUGUCUGCUACCCUCAGAUUUAAAAUCUUGAAAAUGCUCUUAGGCCCACUGUUUGCGCUUAUUCAAGCUUGUUUUCGAUGGUUACAGUUUUGAGAUCAUUGUAACAAAAUAACUUUUUAAAUAACUAAUCUGAGAAUGGUGUUAACCCACUAACUACUUUUGCUAAUGACUUUUGUGAAAAUUUGUCAAUUACUGUCGACAAUAAACUCAUAUUGGUAAAUAGAAUGAUGACUACAGCUAAUAAUGAUAAAACUGACUUUGAUACUGAUUGCAUUGAAACUUUAGGGCAUGCUUAGAAUGUAUGGUAUGACCCCAUCAUUCCUUCAGAAAUAAUUACAUAUGGUGAUAUGUGUCAAGGAUUCAAAGAGCUUUUCCAGUAACUCAAAUUAAGAAAUAUCACUUCUAACUUGGAAAUCGGCAUUUAUGCUUAUGUGUUAAAUUAUCACAUGUACCUUAACUCAAUGGAGGAGAAGAUCUUUGAACGAUGUGUAGACUCCAAAUUCUUUGAAGAUCCAACCAAAUAUUGCUCCAAAUCUAUAGUCGGUAACCUAAAUUUGACACUUUGGGGGCAAACAUAAAAAGACAAAGCCUGUGAAGAGGGUGCAAUUAAAAUGCAAUAAAUGUGUAAUGCUGCAUUAGCAGCUUAAUUAGCAGAAAAUAUUGGAGCUGAAGGAAGUGAUGAUUAAGAAGUAGAUAGUGAGGCUGUUUAAGAAGUAAAAAAUAAAGAAGAAUGCUAUCCUUGUGCAUACACAAUUUCAUACAUAUUCUCUAAGUAUGAAAACUAUCUUACAGCCACUAUUGAAGAAAUAUUUAAAGAAAUCAGCAAAAAGACUGUUGGGGCUCUUUAGCAAUCAAGAAUUGAUGCUAUUGUAUUAGAUGAUGAUAUUGAACAGUAAAGAAAAGCUGCGAAGACUUUGCAAAUUCAACUUCCUGCAUGA